GCAUCAUUUUCUUUAGGAAUGUAGUGAAGUCAAAAAUAUAAAUAGUAAAGUACAGAUACUCCCCAAAACGACUUAUGCUGUACUUUAAAGUAUUUUCACUUAAGUACUUUACACCACUGGUCCUUAACAUGUAUCGUCUAUCUCGGUUUUUGUUUGUGCUGCGUUUUUUAAUCAGUUUGAACUUCAUGUACUCAGAAUGAAAAGUAGCAUCGCAUUUUCAAAAAAUAUCAUUUACAAAUGGUACAACAUCGAACAUUUCUGUGCUUCAUGGUAACGGGUUCACGAGAAAAGCAUUAUGCCCUUUUUAUGUUAUGUACAAAUCCAAUCCAAUUUCAACUUUAGGGUCCCGAGUGGCGCAGCGGUCUAAGGCGCAAUAAUGUGUUCUUAACUGACUUGCCGAGUUAAAUAAAGGUAAAAUAAAAAUGUCUAAUUUCAACACAUAAUCCAAUGUGAUAUGGUGACGUAAUGGUUUUGACCAAAUCCUGUGCGUUCACAUUAUUUCCGUUAGAUGGAGACAAAUCACAUGUAACUCGCGGUACAAAGAACACGCAGUUUCCCGUCAAGGAAUACCAAGAGAAAGUGGUACAGUAUUUUGUAUUUGCCCCCAAUGAGACAUCAAAUCAAAUGUUAUAUAUAACAUGCGCCGAAUACAACUGGUGUAGACUUUAAAGUGAAAUACUUGCAUACGAACCAUUCCUUACGAUGCCUUGAACUCAUUACAUCAUGCAAGUUUCAAUGUCUGCUACUAAAAAAUACAUUGGGAAAGGGGACAUUAAAUAUGGUGUUUGAUCAAAAUAACAUUCCAGAAACUUAAUUCGGUACAAUUUGGUCUGUAUUUCUUAUAAGCAUGUUAUAUCCCAUCUACGACCAGAAUAUGGGGAAAAUGAGCUCAAUAUAGAAUCAUUAAUUCAACUUUUACAACUCAUCAGUUGGUGGGGAAAAUACAUCUAAAUAAAAUGGAAAACAGUUGCCUUCUCUGGAUUAAACAUACAUAGUCCUUUAUUUUUCUUGGCUAGCAAUAAUAAUAGCUUUCCCUCAUCAUGGUCAAUAGAAUCAAUAACUUAACCAAGAAGGUGUGCUCAAAGGCUGACGCAGUGUGUCCUAGGCGUUGUUGUUCUUUCCACACGUCCCUGAGCAGGAAGGACUGCAGCUCACGAGAGAACACGGACAGAGAGACUAGCAACUAGCGAGACAUAAGGAGUGACCGUUCCCGUUGUUUGAUUUCAUGCAUUGUUUGUUUGAAUAAGGGACGCGAUUGGAUGCUACGGUACCAGAUAAUGCGCUGGAGGGGCCAGCCGAAACGCAUGGGUUUUAAAAUAGACAUGAAAUUGCGGUAGGUUUCCCUUUUCAUUGUGUGGUUCGUGGCCGUAGAUAAAAGAUGAGUGAAGCGCUGCUGCCCAGGUCCAAUCGUCUUGAUAGGAUUGAAAAGCAUGGUUUCUUGCUCCUACUCGAAAUGGAGUUACUGUCGUUUUCCCCGUUGUUUGUAUUGUUGAUGAUAAGAACAAUAAACGAUGAACCAAGCACCUAGACCACCAUGCGACCAGGAUAACAAGGAGGGGUCGGUCUGCAAAGCCAUGGAGGACAAGGAGAACAAUCUCAAAACGGCUACGCUGUGGAGAGAUGCUGCUGUCCGCUCUAGGAAGCUGCGAAGUAACCUGCGUCAGCUCACUAUCUGCUCCAAAGACAGGGAGAGGAUAAUUCUACCUGAAAAUAUAAACGAGAUAGAGGUGCUCAAUCUGGGCAAUAACUCGCUGCACGAGCUACCAGAAGGAUUGGGGGCUACCCUCACAAACCUGCGUAUCCUUAUCCUCCGCAGGAACAAAUUUGUCACAGUUCCUUUUGUGGUGUUUGAACUAGGUCAACUUGUGGAGCUGGACAUGAGCCACAACUGCUUGAGCCACUUCUCUGAGGAUAUAGGCCUGCUGAAGGGGCUGAAAAAGCUCUGCAUCAGUCACAACAAGAUCCAGUACCUGCCGUCACAGAUUGGGGCACUGCAGUGCUUGGAGGAGCUGGACAUAAGCUUCAAUGACAUACGUGAUUUCCCCAGGUCCUUCUCACAGCUCAAGAGGCUCCGUACUCUGGAUGCCGACCACAACAACCUGGACCAGUGUCCCCCCGAGAUUCUUGCCUUCGGUGACCUGGAGGAGCUCGACUGCUCUGGGAAUACGUUUGCGUGUCUACCAGGGGACAUCAUGAAGCUGCAGUUCAUCAAGAUCCUGUGGCUCAGCAGCAUUCACAUCUCCUCAUUACCUGACACCUUCUGUCAGCUGCACAACCUGGAGAGCCUGAUGCUGGACAGUAACAACCUCUCGGCUCUGCCUCGUUCCUUUGGCGACCUUCAGAGACUUAAAAUGGUCAAUCUUUCAUCUAAUGAGUUUGAGGAGUUUCCCCAGGUUAUCCUGAACAUCACAGGACUAGACGAGCUUUACCUGAGCAGAAAUCAACUGUCUUUUGUCCCAGAAGAGAUAGGCCAGUUGCAUAGGCUGGCAAACCUCUGGUUGGACAAUAAUAAGAUUACUUAUCUGCCUGACUCCAUUGUGGAGCUAGAGAGAUUGGAAGAGCUUGUUUUACAGGGUAAUCAAAUAGCCAUACUUCCAGAUAACUUUGGAAAACUCUCCAAGGUAAACAUAUGGAAGGUGAAGGAUAACCCCCUCAUCCAGCCUCCCUAUGAGGUCUGUAUGAAGGGAAUCCCCUACAUCGCUGCCUAUCAAAAGGAACUCACACAUUCCCAGCUCGCUGUGAAGCCCAGAUUAAAACUGGUCCUGAUGGGAAUGAAAAAUGCUGGGAAAACACGGCUCAGACAGAGUGUGGUGAGUGAGCAGCAGGAUGCCAACUCUGCACAGGGGAACAAAGGGAUUGAUGUGACUAACUGGGUAGCGGACGCCGAUCGCAGUCUUACAUUUUUAGUGUAUGACCUGUCAGGGAAGCCAAAUUAUGACCUCGUCAAACCAUUUUUUCUCUCACCCGGUGCUCUGUACAUCCUUGUUGUGAAUCUGAAAACGUACUCACCCAAGAGCUUUUACGCCCACGUGGGGUACUUCCUCCACCUCCUCAGUGCCAAAGUGCCCCACGCUGUGGUCUGCAUGGUGGGCACACAUACAGACCUGUGCGGAGACAUGGAGGUGGAGGAGAAGAGCCUGGAUAUUCACAGACAGAUUGCCCUGCAGGAGAAGUGGGACAGCCAUUGCCUGCGGACCCUCGCCCAACAGGUGGACCAGGCCCUGGAACAGGGCUACAACAUCCGCACCUCCAGCCCUCACAUCCUCUUCUAUGGCGUCACAGACAAGAACCUGAGGCGGAAGAAAGCCCAGCUGCAGUACAUGCUGAACCACAGGCUGCAGCUCCUGUCCCCUGUCCUGUGUGUCAGCUGCACGGAGAGCCAGAUGAACAUCCAGAGGCUGAGGGAGAAGCUCAUGUCAGUGGCUGACCACAGGGACAUCUUCCCCAACCUCCACCGCGUGCUGCCCAAGUCCUGGCAGAUGCUGGAGGAAUUGCACUUUAAGCCCCAGGACCUGUGGCUCUCGUGGUGGGACUCGGCCCGCUUGGGCCUCCAGGCAGGACUCACAGAGGACCGCCUGCAGAGUGCCCUGUCCUACCUGCACGAGAGCGGGAAGCUACUCUAUUUCGAGGACAGUCUGACACUAAAAGAGUAUGUCUUCCACAACCUGCCACGCUUCAUCGCCAUCCUCAAUGUCUUCUUCCAGAGUGAUGAGUCCACUCUGCUGGAGAGGCUACUGUCAGAUGGGGAGAGGGGGGACAAAAGGAGGGCCAGUGUGGUUAUGGAGGGGGAGAAGGAAGAGGACCUCCGGGCUACCCAUCUACAGCACCAUGUGGAGGGCUUCCUCAGCCACGGCCUCCUGCCUUCCAACGUCAUCCGGCUGCUCCUGAGACCUCUCAUUCAAACCCAGCAGGACCUCCACCUCAUCAUGGAGCUGCUGGAGAAGAUGGGGGUCUGCUACUGCAUCAACAAGCCCCGCAGCAAGCCUUUGAACGGGGCCACCGUCUGGUACAAGUUCCCAAGCUAUGUCAGCAAUGAGGAGCCCCAUGCCGAGGCCUGGGUGAACGGAAGCUCAGUGGCUGCUAGUCCGUUCUUCUCUGUGGAGCAGCUGAAGAUUGAAUACAGCUUCCCCUUUCUCUUCCCACCUGGACUGUUUGCACGCUACAGUGUGCAGAUUAACAGCCAUGUGGUUCAGAGAUCAGAUGGGCGGCACCAGAUAUUUGCCUAUCGUGGUAAAGUGCCUGUGGUAGUCAGCUACCGUCCGGCUCAGGGCAGACUGCAGUCCGAGACACUGUCCAUAGCCAGCCAUGCCUCCCUGCCAAAUAUCUGGACUGCUUGGCAAGCGAUAACACCACUGGUUGAGGAGCUGAAUGUCCUUCUGCAGGAGUGGCCCGGGCUCUACUACAAUGUUCAUGUUCUGUGUUCAAAGUGCCUCAAAAGAGGGUCACCCAACCCACACACCUUCCCAGGUGAGCUUCUAAGCCAGCCGCGCCCUGAGGGGCUGACUGAGAUAAUCUGCCCAAAGAAUGGUUUGGAGCGGGUUGACGUGGCGCUGGUUUACCCACCUACGCCCACUGUGGUCAGCCCCUGUCUCAAAUGAGCCACGCGGCCUGGCAUCUACUGUCCUGUCUGACUGUACCCUCACGCCCGACUCUCUAGCCAACACCUGCUGCACACCUGAGUCUGAACCCCACAACCCAGCUCUCCCUCUGAAUCCCCUCAACCCACCCAGGCAGCAGCCAGACUGGACACAUAGCCAUGCAAGGUCACAGAGAUAUGCACCGUCAGCUGGAUGCAGUAGAGCUGAUAACUGUUAUCCAACUGUUCUUACACUGCCUCGCUAUGAUGACAAAGGCCAUAUUACAGGACUUUGGCUGAAAGCAAACCUUCACCGUGGUCGUUUUUUAAGACCCCAUCAGCAAGCAGUGUCUUUUCCAACUCUCUUACUCCACGCUGCCCUCCAGAUCUAUGACAAACCUCUGCCUAUAACCUAACCAGGAUGAAACACAGGAAAUCCACCAUAUCAACUAUCAAUUAAACAAUCGAGAGAUGAGUGGGCAAAGAGUUGGAGGGAUUUCUCUCUUUACAACUUAGUGGCGUCAUGAAAUGUUGGAAACCUCUUGGCUGGACUGCUACCCCAUUCUAAUUUCCCGUAAUGCUCAUUUUUAAUGCUCAUUUUCCACGUGUCCACGUGUAAAGGCUGUGAUUUGAAGAACAUAGAAAAGAGAACCGACUGAACCUCCUACUUACUAUAUCAAUCUAUGACUGACAGUUGUGGGGUCUAUCUGCCUGUCUGUUUCUAUGUCUGUAAACCAAAUACAGCCUUGUAUAGCCAAACACAUGAACACCACCUACUCUUAAAGAACACAACACACGUUACCCAUGUACAGAUCUUAACCUUUGCUUUGGCUUGCAAAGGGGCAGAUGUAUCAUAUGAAGUACAUGCUGGAAGGACAUAUUAUGUGAGGUCAGUGGACUGUGUUUAUGCCAAGGAAAUCCCACUUCAGCUGUACUUGUUUCUUUGUGGCAUAUCCUGACGAUGGUGUGAUGUAUUUGUGAUUUGCCAUUUCAGCUUUAGCAAGAAAAGUACUCGGUUUCACUUUAGACUUGUUCAAAAAUGAUCAUUGUAUGUAAAUAAAAGAUGAUCAUGUCCUCUAAAGGAAACAGAAAAAGAUGUCUGUGGGUAUUGAGUCUGAAGUCUUCACAGCACCUUCUUUGGUCGUGUUGAAAUAAAUUCCGCUAUUCCAAGAUGGUCUUCACUGGUAUGGGGGAGAUACUGCAAUAUGUUUAAAACAUGCAAGAAAAAAGUUUAUAACUUUUGUAUAUAAUAUCUUUAUUUUUGUAUCUUGACUUAAGUUGUCACCACCCUCUUUCAACAUUAUUUGCAGUGCAACGUUGUGCAUGGCCUCACUUAGCCAUUGUGAGAGUGUAGGCUCCGCACACUUUUAUAAGUAGCAGGUCAAACUUUCUCACAGCACAACGUAAAAAGCACCAAAUACAAAAUAAACCAACUACUGGUUUAAAUAUGA